AUGAAGGUAUCGCCAAUCCCUAUCCCCCUGUCUGGGGGAUCUGCCUGCAUGUGGUGGGUCAUCUUGCUCUUGUCGCGGGCUGGAGCUGGGGUGGUCGGUCCUGUGGAUGAUGAGUGUGGGCAGCACGCCUGUUCGCUGCAGAUGCUGCAGCAUGUUGCCGAGCGGAGGCUGGGCCAUAGCCCGAUGCACCCGGACCCAUCCGUCGUGCGGUGGGACCAGUUACCCGCUGCGGGUGCUCUGGUAUCUGGCAGCCUCAGCGUAUUCCUCGAUCCUGAGGAUGCCAAGAGCCCGAAACUGGAGCUGGAAGUGGAGAUGCACUUUGCGGACCAGCAGCCCGCACCCUUGGGGCCUCUACUGCUUCAUUGCGGGGGGCCGGGAUCCGGCAGCAGCUGUGUCAGAUAUGCAGGGGGUUCACACCUCGAGGGCUACGAUGUCUGGUCCAUCUCGCAGCGCGGAAUUGGGCCCGCCGCGGAGCCGGCCCUCAACUGCAACAACUCCCACCUCCCAGCCAAGUGCCCGGCCUCAGGUUGCAAGAUCAGCGAUUUCACCGACUGCCCGUGUGCGCUGCCGGAUGGCAUGCCUCAAAUCGGCGAGAUUUGGGCGGACAUCGACCCGCGGAAUGAGACGCAGGUCGAGCAGCUUUUUCGGAAGAGAGAUGCCUGGGGGAGCAGGUGCGCUGCCUCUCCCAAGUUUCAGCUGGUCGGGGCCAACGGCAAAUCCUACAACUUCUUGGAGUACGUGGGGUCCCAGUUUCUGUCCUACGACAUUGACCGGUUUCGCCGUGCCAUAGGGGCGCAGAAGAUGAGCUUCUACGGGUACAGCUACGGCACCUAUGUGGCCGGCGUCUACGCUUCCGUGUUCAGUGAGUUCACGGGGCGCGUGGUUCUGGAUGGCAACAUGGAUCCCUCGCCUCGAAAGACGGCCCAGGCCACGGGUGAUGCUUUAGCAAACGACAAGUUCAUUGCGUUCUUGCUGAAUACCUGCAAGGCCGCAGCGGACUGCCCAUUGAAAAGCCCGGAAGAGGAGUAUGAUCAGAUCGUCGCAGCAGCUCGUUUGGGGAAUUUAACGGCACCUACGAAGUCUGGGACCCAGUUCCCAUUGACGGUUGGCAUGCUGAUGGCCUACAUUCAGACGGAGUCGCUGUCCAACUCCGGGCGGCUUUUUCACAGAGCUCUCGAGACACUGUCGAAGCUCUCCCCCAAGAACAGUCCCCUUGGGACGAUUCAGUCGACGGUUGCCUUCAUCCUGGAUGGGUUCUGCUUUGUGAAGGGUGUCAGCACUUGGUACACCUACGACAUCUGUGUUGGGCCUGGACACACAGGCGAGGACGAGGAGGCUCCCUAUACAGAUUUCGGGGAGCCUUACAUGCAACAAUGUGCCGUUUGGGGUGUGGACCAGGCCGGGUACUUCAGCGUACCAGACCUGAUGCGUCAGUGGAGGUCUGCGGCCGCCCAGAAUGGCGAUGCGGGCCUUGCUGCAGUGGUAGGAGACAUGGUUGGCUACUUCCUGUGGCCUGUGAAGGCGACGCCCAACGCACCCAUGGGCAGUUCGAUAGUGUAUCCUUUGGUGGUGGGGAACUUGUUCGAUCCGGCUACAAGCUAUAGCUGGGCGCAGGACAUGAAGAACGCGUUCAAAGAGGGGUCGUUGAUUACAUGGCAGGGCAUCGGCCAUACUUUUCCAUCCCGUGCAAGUGACUACAACAGGGAAGCCGUCGCUGAGUGCCGAGUUCACAUCACGGAAUACCUGCAGAAGGGGACCUUACCCCCAAACGGUCUUACGUGCUUUCAAGUGCGGUAUGAGAUUGCUCUGGAAGCCCUGAGGCGCCGGCGGACAAGUGCACUGCGCUGGAGAAAGCACUCGAUCAGUGCAGUUGCUGGGCUGCGGCGGAUCCACAACAUCCUUCAUCGAGGUUCGCACAGGUUCAAAGGAGACCUGCGACUUUGGUACCAGCAUGUCGACUUCUGUUUGAGAAGUGGCAGCACAGCGAUGCUGACGCGUGUGCUGAUGCGCGCGGUCAAGUAUCACCCGAAGGAGGUUCAUCUUUGGCUGCUUGGUGCAGACCGAGAACUCCAGCAAGGCCACAUCGAAGCGGCGCGAAAGCUGCUGCUGCGUGGCCUGCGGUGUGUGCCCAAAUCGGUCAAGCUUCUCCUCGAGUUUUUGCGCUUGGAGGUGGGGGUUGCAGGGCAACUGCUUGCCGCAACGCGGCUGAAGCAGGAAGAGGCCAAGGAGGAGGAGGAGGAAGCCGACACAAAGGAUGUUUGGGCGCCCUCCAAGCUGCUCUUCCGCAAGGCCAUCGCCAAGCUGGAAGGAAAUGCCGCUGAUACAGCAAGCUACCUGGCAGCGAGUGUGCAGCUGCUGCAUCAGGCACAAGAAAAGUGGACAGCCUCUGGCGGAUUAUCAGAGUGGGCAGACUCCCUGCGAGAAGCUGCUGCCAAGAGCCGUCCUGGUGUUGGGCAAGGGGCCAGUCCUUCGAACGACGAGGUGGACGAGCCGGCCGUGACUAUUUGGGAGGUUUGGUGGACUGAGGAGCUGAGGGCACCUGCCCCAAAAAGCUGGUCCGACUUGGCACCAGUGAUUGCUGAGUGCAGCAUCGGGGCAGUCAUCGGGAGAGCCGCAGAGGUGCUGUGGCAGGAGUACCAGAAGGCCGAUACACCCCGGAAGGAGCUCGUCAAAUCGCUCCUGGUGCUGGCCAAGUCACCUGCUGCCACUUCUCAUGCCGACGCGGCCCUGAAGGUGCUAGAGACCUUCUCCCGAGCUGCAUCCGUGGACGAUGCCACAAUCAAGGCUGCAUUCGAGACACUGCUGGAACGAGCCGCUGCCAUGCAUCCGAGCCACCUGCGCCUGAGCCUGGCGGCCUCCAGAGGCGCUUUUGGAGUGGCCGAGGUGCUGCAGUAA